AGUGGAUACAUGAAAGAAAAUUUUAAGUUAAUUACCGAAUCAAUGCAUAUUGAUAAAAGCCGUGGAGAAGUAGAAAAUGCUUUGAAUAUUUCUCAAGAUUUGCUUGAGCAACGUCAAGUAGUAAUAAUCGAUAUUGCAAAUGAUCCAGUUGAAAAUAAAUAUUACCGAGAAGAUCAAGAUCCUACUUUGUUUCAUUCCGAAAAGACCGGUAGAGGUCCAUUGAAAGACGAUUGGAUUAAAACUACAACUCCGGUUAUGACUUGUUAUAAACUUGUGACUGUAGAGUUUAAAUGGUUCGGUCUUCAAACUAAAAUUGAGGCAUUUAUCCAAGAUGCUAUGCAAUCUCUUUUUAUUAGAUUCCAUAGACAACUUUUUUGUUGUAUUGACAAAUGGUUUGGUAUGACCAUGGAUAAUAUUCGUGCUUUAGAAGAUAAAACAAAAUUAGAACUUGAUGAGUCACUGUCAAAACAAGUAGAAAUUGAAGAAGUUACAGAAACUACAUAG